AACCAACAGCUCAAAGUUUACCGGACACGUUUCUCCUAUUCAUCAAUAUCCCCAUUGAGUAUCAAAGCCAAUUUAUGACUGGCCAACAUGUGCACGUGAUCCCAUACAAAUACCCCAUAUUUGGGCAGCGCGCGUCGGAUCAAGAAUUAAAAAAACAGAUACCAAAGCCUACUCCACCUAUAAAUCCUGGAUUAUUUUUUUAGGGCAGACAGCUCUGAAUUUUCCAAAAGCGGCUACAAAGAAAAGCAAUGAUCAACAAAAACAGGGAAAUAAGCGCAACAUACAUCCCGCAACCCUCUCUAGUUUAAAAAGAAAGUAUCGCUGGCAGCUCAAAAUGAGCUCUUAUGUUGACAGCUCCAAUCUCAGGCAAACGAGCGAGACAACUUCUGCUAACACUAUGUUUAGUUUCGAUCUAUCUGGGCGCAGGUCCAGCUGCUAUGAGGAUGUUAAUGUGAACGGGAUAUUCACUUGUCCCGUCCCUACGACCUCUGUUGAACGGGAGGAGAUGAAAACUAGCCUGCGUGGCAAUACGGAUACUCCUCUCCCGUCAGGACCACAGAUAACCAUGGUCUCCAGUAGCUCGUCCGUGGACGCAAGCGGGCUCAGCUACGGCAGCAGCCCGCUGCUGGGACGAGGGGCAGACAGGGACCCGGAGAGGAGCGCAAAAUCCGGCGGCAACAAGAGCCAAGAGAGCGAAAGAAACGCGGAGAACACGCAAUCGGUGAAACGAAACACAAAUGUGAACCAGCGUCAGGACAGUGAGCAGCGGCCACAGAUUUAUCCAUGGAUGACAAAACUGCACAUGAGCCACGAAUCGGAGGGUAAGCGGUCCAGGACCAGUUACACCCGCUACCAGACUCUGGAGCUGGAGAAAGAGUUUCACUUCAACCGGUACCUGAGCCGCCGCAGGCGCAUAGAGAUCGCCCACACCCUGUGUCUAAACGAGAGGCAGAUCAAAAUCUGGUUCCAGAACAGGCGAAUGAAGUGGAAGAAGGACUCAAAGAUCAAAGUGAAGGAGUAACAGUGCUCCAGUGAACGGGGUGCAUGCAGCACGUUUUCAGCCCCACACUGCACAGUGCUGGAGUGCCGCCUGACCUCCGGAUGAACUGCUAGGAGCAAUGACAUCAUGACACCGCUCUGUGUGCUUCAUCACCAAUUAUGUGUCACUUGCUGCAGUUUGGGACCUAAUGUAUUGAAUAUCACUCACUUUGAUCAAUCGGUUUACAUUUCUAAAUUAAUUUGCUGCCCAUGCGAUGAUAACCUCACUUUACUGCACGAAGGGGACAAGAGGUUGAGGGGAGCUGGGUCCUUCACGCUGCAAGGCUUUGGUCUGCAGUGCACAGAAAAGGCUGCACAACGCUACUAAUAAUCUAUGUUUUUAAUUAGGAUAAGAGUAGUGGAGGAUGGGUGACAGCAUGCAUAAUCAUUUCCAACUCUAUAUCAUCAUGGUUCAGAUCAACGAAUCAAAUAAAGACAAAAAAAUAAUCCUGGCUGCUUUGGAAACCAUAAAGACCAUGAUCUGUCCUGUAACAGCUCAACUUCCCUCCAGUAAAAAGCUACGUUCCCACCUCUUCCCCUUCUCUUUUUUAAGAUGACCCUCUAAUAUGUUGCAGUGCAAAGUUAGGAAGUGGUUGGAUGUGUGAUGUGUCUGUUAGUGAGUGGAUUUUCUGUGAAGGCACCAUCCAUGUUGUCUGUCAUAAUCCUUGUGAAUCGAAAUCUUUCUGUAUAAUUCAGCGACUGUGUGUGAUGAUAUCUGUGAUGUGCAAUGAAGCCAUUCCUCCUCUCCUUUGUAAACUCACGGUGCCUGGUUUACACAAGGCCUAGAAUAACUGAUAGAUGGCUCAUGUGUUGAUUGUAACCAAUAAAGUCUCAUAAUUAAAAGUGGGAAAAUUU